GAAUCAAUGGAGCAGAACGAGGCGACCGACAUCAACAAACUCUGCGCUUCGGUCCCGGAUGACUUGGAAAAAAUCAUUCGGGAAUAUCCCGAAAUUUUCCCCGACGACUUGCCAAGUGGAUUGCCACCCGAACGACCCCAGGACCACAAAAUCGAGGUGGAGCCCGGUGCGCAGCCUACUGUACGAACUCAAUGGCGCAUGACUCAGCCGAAGCUACACGAAUUACGCAACCAGCUGGACUACCUGAUGGCAAAAGGGUUUUUUCGGCCGAGCACGUCCCCGUUCGUAGCGCCGAUUCUGUUCACCCCAAAGAAGGACGGCGUACUUCGCAUGUGUAUGGAUUAUCGUGCCCUUAAUCGGGUAACGAUAAAAUCGGGCUACCCAAUCCCAUGCACGGACGAGCUGAUUGACAACCUUCACAGAGCUUGCUAUUUUUUGAAGAUCGAUCUUCGUGGCGGUUACCAUCAAAUUCGGGUGUUCGCUGACGACUGCCACAAGACCGCAAUCUAUCGACGACAACCAUAAUAAAACCGCUGCAACACCUUCGG